AUGCUCAUUUCGGCGUUAUCAACUGUGCAAAAAGGUGCGUCAUCGCAGCGAGCAGGGUUCGAACCUGCGCGGGCAAAGCCCAUUGGAUUUCAAGUCCAACUCCUUAACCACUCGGACAUCGCUGCACGUGAACAGUACCUUCCAAGCCUAAGGCAACAUUCGUUUAAAACGAUCCGAUUCUGUAAAUUGUUGUUACGGGUCAUGUUUUUCAUUCGGCGAGCAGGGUUCGAACCUGCGCGGGCAAAGCCCAUUGGAUUUCAAGUCCAACUCCUUAACCACUCGGACAUCGCUGCACCAUAG